GCUACCAGAAUUCCAUGGUGCUGUUGCUGGAGGACGUGGAGAACGAGAGGAAGCAGAUAGACAGCCUGACGGCGGCCCUCGCGCAGGAGAAGGAAGCCGGGGAGAAGCUGAUGAACGAGCACAGCAAGGAGAGACACAGCAUGAAGAUGCAGAUGGACCGCAACAACGCAGGGUUGCAGGAGCUUCAGCAGCAGCUGGACAGGGAGAAGGAGAAGAGUGCGGGGUCGGAGGCUGCGCUACAGAGGGAGCGUGCGCGCAUGGACGCGCUCAUGACAGAAGCUGAGGAGGCUGGCAGCAUCGACGCGGGACGAUUCGUCGAUCUAGAAGCCAGCCUGCAGAGCAAGACUGACGAUCUCAACAGCGCACUGCAGCGGGAGAAGACCCUGAGUAAGAAGCUGAAGGCGAUGCUAGAAGCGCGUCAGGGAGCCAGCACCUCACAGCUGGAGGAUGAGAAGGUAUGUCAGCGGGGACGCGGGUGGUGA